UCGCGCCUGUAUUCUUCCGCUAGUGUCGUGGCCCUCGUCGAGUUCGGCGUCGACACGAUCGAAAUUGUCCCACGCUAAUGGCCGAGGGAGAGGAAGGAUACCGGUAUUGACUGAUAAUUAAUCGCCGAUAUACAUUUCUAACGCGACUUGCGCGACGCGAGGGGCGGCCGAGCCACGAGGAGUCGCCGAGAAAUUCUCAUACGCGGGAACUAUUUCGAGAUAGAGAGGCGGCGUUGGCGGCCAUGAUGGGUGUCAGCGGCGAGUAACAUUCGCUCUCCAGUCAGUUGGUUUUGCGCUUUUAAUGAUUGAUGCCGACGAGCAUUCGGGGAUAAAAGGCGCACGAUAAGCGGGAAUAGGUCGCAAGUAGAUCGCAGGGAGAUUCGCGGAGGCUGUACGGCAGAUCGAUCCGUCGAGGAAGACAGCGGCUGAGAGAUCCCUCACCCUUGGACAUUUUUUCUCGAAUAUAUUUCGGCAAAAAUGACGCAGCUACUACCCAUAAGGUUCCAAGAACACCUUCAGCUUACAGCUGUUGGAAUUAAUGCCAGUAAUGUCAGCUUUAAUACACUUACUAUGGAAUCUGAUAAAUUCAUUUGCGUUAGAGAAAAGGUUGGUGACACUGCCCAGGUGGUCAUUAUCGACAUGAACGAUUCCGCCAAUCCUAUCAGAAGACCAAUAUCUGCUGACUCUGCAAUUAUGAAUCCAGCUAGUAAAGUCAUCGCUCUGAAAGCUAUGAAGACACUUCAGAUUUUCAAUAUUGAAAUGAAGUCAAAAAUGAAAGCUCAUACAAUGACGGAGGAUGUGGUGUUCUGGAAAUGGAUAUCGUUAAACACGCUGGCACUAGUAACGGAGACUGCAGUGUAUCAUUGGUCCAUGGAAGGCGAUUCGACGCCGAAUAAGAUGUUUGAACGUCAUUCGUCGUUAAACGGAUGCCAGAUUAUCAAUUACAGAACAGAUCCAAAACAAACGUGGCUUUUAUUGAUCGGUAUUUCGGCGCAGCAUAACAGAGUAGUCGGCGCUAUGCAACUUUAUUCGGUGGAACGAAAAUGUUCGCAACCAAUCGAAGGGCAUGCUGCCUCCUUCGCUCAAUUUAAGAUGGAAGGAAACGCAGAACCCAGCAAUCUGUUUUGUUUCGCCGUUAGGACGGUCCAAGGAGCGAAACUUCAUAUCAUCGAAGUAGGUCAACCGCCCGCUGGUAACCAUCCGUUUCCGAAGAAAGCGGUAGAUGUAUUUUUUCCUCCUGAGGCUGGAAAUGAUUUCCCCGUCGCUAUGCAAGUUAGCUCUAAAUAUGACGUCAUAUAUUUAAUCACGAAAUAUGGUUAUAUACAUAUGUACGAUAUCGAAUCGGCGACCUGUAUAUUUAUGAAUCGUAUCUCGGGAGAGACUAUCUUCGUCACUGCCCCACACGAGGCCUCCGGUGGUAUAAUAGGAGUAAAUCGAAAAGGUCAAGUCCUAUCAGUUUCCGUGGACGAAGAAAACAUAAUCCCUUAUAUCAACGGAGUGUUGCAAAAUUCGGAAUUGGCGUUAAGAAUGGCCGUGAGAAACAACUUAUCGGGAGCUGAGGAUUUGUUUGUGAGGAAAUUCAAUAUGCUUUUCCAAAAUGGCCAGUACGCAGAGGCGGCGAAAGUUGCGGCUAAUGCUCCUAAAGGGAUACUUCGAACACCCGCGACUAUUCAACGAUUUCAACAGGUUCCCACUACUCAGGGUCAAACAUCUCCUCUUUUACAAUAUUUCGGCAUUCUUUUAGAUCAGGGACAACUGAACAAGUACGAGUCGUUGGAACUAUGUCGUCCGGUCCUAGUUCAGAACCGUAAACAACUGCUGGAGAAGUGGUUGAAGGAAGAUAAGCUAGAAUGCAGCGAAGAACUGGGAGAUUUAGUAAAACAAGCGGAUCCUACAUUAGCGCUUAGCGUUUAUUUGAGAGCCAACGUUCCCAACAAAGUUAUCCAAUGCUUCGCGGAGACCGGUCAAUUUCAAAAGAUCGUCCUCUACGCCAAAAAAGUCUCGUAUACACCCGACUAUAUAUUUCUCUUGCGAAAUGUCAUGAGGAUUAAUCCUGAUCAAGGUGUAGCGUUCGCGCAGAUGUUGGUCCAAGAUGAUGAACCAUUGGCUGACAUCAAUCAAAUCGUCGAUAUAUUUAUGGAACAAAAUAUGGUGCAGCAGUGUACAGCGUUCCUGCUGGAUGCGCUCAAGAACAAUCGGCCGAGCGAGGGUGCUUUACAGACCCGUCUUUUAGAAAUGAACUUAAUGUCCGCCCCGCAAGUCGCUGAUGCUAUAUUAGGCAAUCAGAUGUUCACUCACUAUGACCGAGCUCAUGUCGCGCAAUUGUGCGAGAAAGCUGGCUUGUUGCAACGUGCGCUCGAGCACUAUACCGAUUUAUAUGAUAUUAAAAGAGCGGUAGUGCAUACGCACUUGCUCUCUCCUGAUUGGCUCGUAGGUUUCUUCGGAACUUUGUCCGUAGAAGAUUCUCUCGAGUGCCUGAAAGCUAUGAUGACGGCUAAUAUAAGACAGAAUUUGCAAAUCUGCAUACAAAUCGCGACCAAGUAUCAUGAGCAAUUGACGACUAAGGCACUGAUAGAUCUAUUCGAGAGUUUCAAGUCUUAUGAAGGUCUGUUUUACUUUUUGGGCUCCAUCGUAAACUUUAGCCAAGAUCAAGAAGUGCAUUUCAAGUAUAUCCAGGCGGCGUGCAAGACUGGUCAGAUCAAAGAAGUAGAGCGUAUAUGUCGGGAGAGCAAUUGCUACAAUCCAGAACGCGUCAAGAAUUUCCUAAAGGAAGCGAAACUAUCCGAUCAAUUGCCUUUGAUAAUCGUAUGCGACCGAUUCGAUUUUGUCCACGACCUUGUUCUCUAUCUCUAUCGCAAUAAUUUGCAAAAAUAUAUCGAAAUAUACGUCCAGAAAGUUAAUCCGUCGCGUUUACCUGUAGUCGUGGGCGGUUUGUUGGACGUUGACUGCUCGGAAGAUAUCAUUAAGAACUUGAUACUGGUAGUGCGCGGACAAUUCUCGACUGACGAAUUGGUCGAGGAAGUCGAGAAGAGAAAUCGGUUGAAGCUCUUGCUACCGUGGUUGGAAUCUCGCGUUCAUGAGGGCUGCGUAGAGCCUGCUACGCACAAUGCAUUGGCCAAGAUUUACAUCGACAGCAAUAAUAAUCCUGAAAGAUUUCUCAAAGAGAAUCAAUUUUAUGACAGCAGAGUUGUUGGCAAGUAUUGCGAGAAACGCGACCCCCAUUUGGCUUGCAUCGCUUACGAGCGCGGUCAAUGUGAUCGCGAGCUGAUAAGCGUGUGUAAUGAGAAUAGUCUGUUCAAGAGCGAGGCGAGAUACCUAGUGAGACGCAGAGAUCCCGAUCUCUGGGCGGAAGUGCUUUUAGAGAGCAACCCGUACAAGCGACCGUUAAUCGACCAAGUUGUUCAAACGGCGUUGUCCGAGACGCAAGAUCCCGAAGAUAUAUCGGUUACUGUCAAAGCUUUCAUGACGGCUGAUUUGCCUAACGAGCUAAUCGAACUUCUUGAGAAGAUAGUGCUGGACAGCAGUGUGUUCAGCGAUCAUCGUAACUUGCAGAAUCUUUUAAUAUUAACGGCCAUCAAAGCCGAUCGUACACGUGUUAUGGAAUAUAUUAAUCGUUUGGAUAAUUACGAUGCCCCAGAUAUCGCAAAUAUUGCUAUUAACAAUGAGCUUUACGAGGAAGCAUUCGCUAUCUUUAAAAAGUUUGAUGUUAACACGUCGGCUAUCCAGGUUCUAAUUGAGCAGGUCGGCAACUUGGAUAGAGCUUAUGAAUUUGCAGAAAGAUGCAACGAGUCGCCAGUAUGGUCACAACUCGCCAGGGCUCAAUUACAGCAGGGUUUGGUCAAGGAAGCGAUCGACAGUUUUAUUAAAGCAGAUGACCCGUCAGCGUAUGUAGACGUAGUCGAAACCGCCCAUCGAACUUCGCAUUGGGAAGACUUGGUCCGCUACCUCCAAAUGGCUCGUAAAAAGGCACGCGAGUCCUUCAUCGAGAGCGAACUGAUAUAUGCGUACGCACGAACCAAUAGACUCGCGGAUCUCGAAGAAUUUAUAUCUGGUCCGAAUCAUGCCGAUAUACAGAAGAUCGGCGAUAGAUGCUUCGAUGAUAAGAUGUAUGAUGCCGCGAAGCUCCUCUACAACAAUGUAUCGAACUUUGCGCGACUGGCAAUAACGCUCGUUCAUCUCAAGGAAUUUCAAGGCGCUGUCGAUAGCGCGCGUAAAGCCAACUCGACGCGCACUUGGAAGGAAGUUUGUUUCGCUUGCGUGGACAGCGGUGAAUUUCGUUUAGCCCAAAUGUGCGGCCUGCACAUAGUCGUACAUGCGGAUGAGCUUGAAGAUUUGAUCAAUUAUUAUCAGGAUCGUGGACACUUUGAAGAACUCAUUAAUCUUCUCGAGGCUGCUUUAGGACUCGAGCGAGCUCAUAUGGGAAUGUUUACCGAGCUGGCUAUUCUCUAUAGUAAAUACAAACCUCAACGAAUGAGAGAACACUUAGAACUGUUCUGGUCGCGCGUCAAUAUACCGAAGGUGCUACGUGCGGCAGAACAAGCACAUCUGUGGGCUGAGCUAGUGUUUUUGUAUGACAAGUAUGAGGAAUACGACAAUGCGGUUCUCGCGAUGAUGCAACAUCCUACGGAAGCUUGGCGGGAAGGUCAUUUCAAAGACGUAAUUACUAAAGUCGCAAACGUCGAACUCUACUAUAAGGCUAUACAAUUUUACGUGGAAUAUAAACCCCUUCUUCUAAACGAUAUUCUUCUUGUACUCGCUCCACGUAUGGAUCAUACUAGAUCAGUGGCGUACUUUACGAGAACCGGCCAUUUACAACUAGUAAAACCAUACUUGAGAUCGGUUCAAGCUCUCAACAACAAAGCUAUUAACGAAGCGUUAAAUGGCUUGCUGAUUGACGAAGAAGAUUAUCAGGGUCUCCGAACGUCGAUCGACGCAUUCGAUAAUUUUGAUAAUAUCGCGUUAGCACAGCAGCUCGAAAAACAUGAAUUGAUCGAGUUCAGGAGAAUCGCUGCAUAUUUGUACAAGGGAAAUAAUAGAUGGAAGCAGUCUGUAGAACUUUGCAAGAAGGAUCGCCUCUUCAGGGAUGCUAUGGAAUACGCAGCGGAAUCUCGGAAUCCAGAAGUCGCCGAGGAAUUGCUCGAAUGGUUCUUGGAGAGAGGUUCCAAGGACUGCUUUGCAGCAUGCCUAUUUCAUUGCUACGAUCUACUUCAUCCGGAUGUCAUCUUGGAACUCGCAUGGAGACAUCGUAUUUUACAUUUCGCGAUGCCGUAUCUUAUACAAGUUGCACGGGAAUAUAUCACCAAGGUCGAUAAAUUAGAAGAGGCUGAAAGCCGACGCAUCGAAGAAACUGAUCAUCAGGAACAUAAGCCUAUGAUUAUGCCGGAACCUCAACUAAUGUUGACUGCAGGGCCUGGAAUGAUGGCACCCGGUUAUGCUCCUCAAAACGUAUACGGUGCACCCGCGCAAGUGUACGCGUCCACCGCAGCCUAUCAAGGUUACGGUAUGUGAAAUACAUUUAACAGGACAGAUCAACAAAGUCUACUUUUCUAUAAAGUUUAGGUAGAAUGAGAUAUAUAUAUCUAUAUAUAUAUAUAUAUCGUUUGGUUAGCUUAUUAAUAUAUCGUAUCAAUAAAGCGCGAAUACGAAUUAUAAUAUCAUUAGAAACAUGAAGAAAUUGCCACGUUUAGAGAUCAUGAUUACAAAUAAUGUAACAAAUAAUAACGAAAUGAAUAGGAGAAGGCUAUCACACGCUAUCUAAAUGUGAAUUAUUGUUAUUUGUAAGAGAGACGUUAAGGAAGCAAAAUUAUCAUAUUUCAUGAUUCAAAUUGUUAUUUAAACCAGAUAUCUUGAAAAAAAAGUAUUAUUUAAAAAAAUAAAAGGAGGGAAAAUGAUUUUUUUCAAUGUGAUGAGAUUUUUAUAUUGAAUUUAAUUAUUGUUGCACAGUCAGUAUAAAAAGAUACAUUAUAUGUAUGUAUAAGCAAAAUAUAAUUUUACAGUUCUCUUUGCUCGCACAAAUAUACGUGCAUCUAUGUGCCUUUUUUUUAAUGCUAUUAAUAAGAAGUAAACUUUUUUCGUUGAUAUCGAAUUCUAGAUGAAGCAAAAUCAUCUGUAGUCUUUAAAUCACAAUUUGCAUAACUAAUGUAAUAAAUUACACAGUGCUCUUUAUUAAGUAAAAUCUUUUUUCAAUUUAUCUCAAAUAUUUUCAUCUGUGUUGAGAAGUUUUGAAAGUUACUCUCUUCUUUCUUUUUUAUCUUAGAAAUCUGUAACAACUCAUUGUAAGAAACAUAUGUUGAAACAUAGAAGUUGUAGCGUGUGAUAAAUCAUGAUGAAAAAAAAUGUCUUCAAAAUUGAAAUGUAACAAGAAUAUCUUUUAGAUUGGGUAGAUCAUGUAUAUCAAUAUUGUAACGAGACGAGAUCCUUCAAAAAACGGAGAAAAUCUGUAGACAUUUCAGAAUAUGUUGGCGUCUAUAGUACAUAAACAUCGUUCUAGAUCUACUUGUGUGUAUAUUUGCUUGAACAGAAGUACAUGUUCGCAGUUAGUUUAAUUUGCGUAAACAAAUGACACAGAAACAAAUAAUUAUAGAUACUGAAAUUGAUGGCAUGAUCUUAUUGUCUUAUUAAUGUAUUGAAAUAUAUAUAUAAAGUAGUUUGAGUUUUCGUCCGAUCUUCGUAUGUAUCAUGCUUUCGACCUUUUGUUAUUCACUAUGAAAGUGAAGGCAGUUAUGAUUUAGAGUUGGAAAUAUAAAGAUAUUUAAGAAUUGGAACAAAGUAUAAUACACUCACGAGAUCGUCUCUAUCAUGUCGUACAUACAUUUUAGUAAUAUUUUCUACUCGUUUCGACUUCAUGUAGUAUGUGUGCAUAGUAUCUUAUUUGAAAUUAUUAAUCGUUAAUCAUUAUAUAGCUUGUUACAACUAUGCCUAAAUUGUGCAAGUAUUAAGAUAAAAUUAGAAUGCAAUACUUCUAGAAAAUGACAAAGCCAUGUUGUAUCUUUGUUAUACACUCAUGUUUUUUAAAAUAUUUAUGUUGCGUGUAUAAAGUUAAUGCUACAUUGAUGCAUCAAGAUCAAUACAUGAGACAUGGCAGGAAACGAAGAAAAAAAAAACAGAUUAAUUUUAUAAUACGUCUUACCUUUAACAUUCCUGAAGUUGCCCUAAUGCGUAAAUUAAUAUCGUUUAGUAAUAUCUCGUUUAUGUUACAUUUUAAGAUAUAAUGGUUUAUAUAUAAUCUUUUUAUUUUAAUUAAAAUACGAAGCGAAAGUUAAUUAUAUCGCUACGAAAUAGUCGGAUUAUGUCCAAGUAAAAAUUUGUAUGUAAUAGUAAAAGAGCAGAUAUAUGA